AUGGGUCGGACUUUUGCUGUUGGUUGCCCUCCUUUUGAGGUCAAGCUUUCUUUUUGCGAUCAGCUCUUUCCUCCGACCCAUUCAAAGCGAAUUCUAUGCUUCCAACUCAAUUCCGACGUUGACCGCCAACAUGUUGUGGACUAUCUUCACAUCGCAUUCCACAAUACCAUUCAACGCGUCCCUUUCCUCGCUGGGACUGUGGUUACCACCUCGCAAGAUGAAGGUGGUCGACCAUGGAUUCGCAAAAUCAUUCCUGAGGGUGCUGCGCAUCUUGUCAUCAAGGACCUAUCGAAAGACCUGAGCUUUUCUAAGCUCGCCGAAUCGAACUUUUCUCAGGAACUCCUGAACACGGAGCAGCUAUGUCCCCUUCCCGAGGUUGGAUACUUCCGAGCCAGCUCCGUCGACGUUUGCCGUUUUCAAGCGAACUUCGUAGAAGGCGGUCUUCUACUCGUCGUCUCCAUUAUCCACUAUGCGGCCGAUGGUCGAGGGGUGACUGAGAUAAUUGGAGACUUCGCCGAGGAGUUCAGGAAGGCGCAGUCAGGGGAGACGAAACAUCCCCUCAAAGUCAGGGACACUGUGUACUACUCUGAUCGGAACACUGUUGUCUCUGGGAGGGGACUUCCUGGUGAUAUCUCAAAGCAUGAAGCUUGGACUUCGUCACCAUCAUUGGCGCACUCCUUGAUACACAAUGUGAAGAACUCUUGUCGCACAUUCCGUAUAGAUACCAAGGCCCAAUCAGAGCUGAAGAAGAUUGUUUCUGCAUCGUCUCUUGGUUCCGAAGAUUGGUUCUCAACCAAUGAUGCUAUAUCUGGGUUCAUAUGGCGCAGCAUCAUGCUUGCCCGAAAUCGGGCAGGAAUUCUUGAUGCUGGUGCUGAAAUCCAUGUGGCACAACCCCUGGACUGCAGAUCUCAUCUUGGAAUCACUGAGCAGUUCUAUGGCAAUGCCGUGUAUAUGUCACAGGCAUCAGAGCAGUUUUCGGUGAUGGCUGAUCCUGAGAAUGGCCUUGCCUCUGCCUCGCGAGCUAUACGAGCCCAAAUCAGAUCAAUGACGGGAGAGAAGUUCCAAGACUUGGUGGGAUACAUCGAGCGAACGAUUCUAGAAUCUCCGACACGCAUGAAGAUUCUGGAGUCUAUGCACACGAGUGGUAUCAUCUUGACAAGUCUACUGAAGUUCAAUCUGCAUUCGAUCAACUUUGGACCCCUGUUUGGCGAUGGUCAUAUCAAGGCUUUACGUCUGCCAGCAACCGGAACCCAAGCUGGAGCCGUCAUCAUUAUGCCGAAGCUGUCUGACGGAAGCUGUGAGUUUAUGCUCACAGAGACAUCCGAGACCAUGGAAUGUCUGAUGGAGGAUCCGUUCUUCUGCCGCUUUACCGGAGGAGAAAGUCUCGCACGUGAAUCCAUGGCAAACCCCCAGAGUAACUCAUCCCAACCAUCGCUCGAGACCAUCCCUGCUGAUAACACCAACGGAACUGCCAGCGCAGUCGAAGUAGAGAUUGAGCAAAUCCCUAAGGUUGAAAGCACGCAGAGGGAGACAAACGGUGUUGCUCAUGAAAGCAUCGCGGCAAUUGCCAAUGGCGUAACGGAAAUAGUCGCCAAUGAAGGUCUCGCGCAAGGCAAAGUAGUUCAUGAAGAUGCUGCAGUCGGAACACGACCUUCGCUUCCUUCUCACGCACUUAACAGUGUGGUCAAAAGACUGCAUGAUCUUGAGCUUGGCCAGAUAGUCGUCGUGAAGACGACCAGCACGCUGGUCAUAAGCACUGUGCAAGCUCCACACAUUGGCAACAUCAAAAUCAUUGAGCUUCAGCGACCCCAAGCUAGAAACGCGAUCUCGCGGCAGUUGCUCAAGGACCUCAGCCAAGAGAUCGAAGAGAUACACACCGACGCUGGCAAGGCUGAGACUCGGGCACUGGUUCUUGCAAGUGCUGUUGAUGGCGUCUUCUGCGCUGGAGCCGACUUGAAAGAACGGAAACUCAUGAGCCCGGCCGAAACAGAAGAGUUCUUGACUGAUCUGCGGGCACUGUUCACUCGUCUUGCCACCUUGCCCGUGCCGUCGAUUGCCUGUGUAUCCGGCAAGGCGCUCGGUGGCGGUUUCGAGCUGGCGCUUUGUUGCCACCUCCGGAUCUUCUCUUCUGAUGCCGUGGUUGCGUUGCCCGAAACUAGGCUUGCGAUUAUACCUGGCGCUGGAGGCACCUACCGCCUUUCGAAGAUAGUGGGUAUGUCACAUGCCCUCGACCUUAUUUUGACCGGCCGCCAAGUGCAGGCUCAGGAGGCUGCGGCCAUGGGAUUGUGCAAUCGCCUUGUCACGACUGACAUUGCCAACAAUAUCCUGACUGCGUCGCUGAAACGCGCCCUUACUCUGAAUGCCAGUCUCGUACUCGCGAAAGAAAUAGCCAGCGGUGGGCCUGUCGCCGCGAUGGCUGUGAUCAGCGCUUUCUCACAUACCUGCGCCAGUUGUGAGCAGAAUGAAAAUGCUGCUUAUGAGUCCGUUCUCGGGACAAAAGAUCGGACAGAAGCACUCCAGGCGUUCAGUGAGAAGAGGACAGCUGUCUUCACCGGCGCGUAA